AUGAAUGGAUCUCUCGCCGACGCCACGAUUUUCCUCCGGCUUUCCGGGACCCAGGAGCCACGAAUACUUGAGGUGGAGAAGACCGAAAACACUACUGUAGUGACGAAUAUUCUGUACACCGAAACGGAAUUUGAUAUCACCUUCAACAGCUAUUAUGAUGUGCGCAAUUCAUCUCAACGUCUCGUGGGGGACGCGUAUAGCGAAAAUGCGAUAUCUUUCAUCGGCGCAGGGACGCGCGAUCGGACCCUUCUGCUGUCUUAUUCUUUAGCGUUUUACCGUUUUGUUCCUUUUAUGUCCAGUUGUGAUGAUGUAGUUGUGAUACCCCGGAUUUACCGGUGA